AUGAAUGAAAGAAAUCUAUUAGCAUAAUUCAAACAUCCUUUUCUAAUUAAUAUGAAUUUCUGUUUUUAAGAUAGAGAUAACUUAUAUUUAGUAAUGGAUCUUUUAACAGGAGGUGAUCUCAGAUAUCAUAUAGGUCGUAUGAGAAGAUUUAAAGAACAUUAAACUAAAUUUUUCAUUGCUUGUGUUAUAUUGGCAUUAGAAUAUCUACAUAAUUCAAAUGUUAUUCAUAGAGAUGUUAAACCUGAAAAUAUUGUACUUGAUAGUAAUGGUUAUGCUAGGUUAACUGAUUUAGGAAUUGCCAGAAUUUGGAAACCUGAGAAUUCCUAAGAUACAAGUGGAACACCUGGAUAUAUGGGUAUUUAUAUCUUAAUAAAUUAUAUCAAUAGCUCCUGAAGUUAUGUGUAGAUAGAAUCAUACUAUUGCUGUUGAUUAUUUUGCUUUGGGAGUAAUGACAUAUGAAUUUAUGUUGGGGAGAAGACCAUAUAAUGGAAGAACAAGAUAGGAGAUUAGGGAUCAAAUUCUAACAAGACAAAUCUAAGUAAAAAGAAGUGAAUUGCCUGAUGAUUGGUCAAUUGAUGCUGCUGAUUUCAUUAAUAAAUUAAUAUAGCGUAAACCUAUUAAUAGAUUGGGAUUUAAUGGACCUAAUGAAGUGAAACAACAUCCAUGGUUAUAGAAUUUUCCAUGGGUAAAAUUACUAAAUAAAGAAAUUCAAUCACCUUUCAUACCUCCAGUAUAUUUAAUAUUUUUUAUUCAUUAGCCAAUUUAAGAGAAUUUAGAUUAUAUAAAUAAUAUUAGUGAAGAUAAUGACACUUAGGAUGAAUAAAUUGUAGAAAAUAGAUUGUUGUUGAAAAAGAAUUCAGUCUAAAGUAAGGAUUAUCAAAUACUUAGAUUUAUUUUAUGGAUAUAGCUAUGAUUAAAACAUGUAAACCUAAUUAAAAAAUACCAAAAGUACAAGUAGCACCUUAGUAGUUAAUUGA